GGGAGAUGAAAGGACUUCCCAUGAUGCUUUGGUGUAAUCUGAUCGUUUUUCAUGAUGACCACGUCGACAAAUCGGAUGUUUGGAGCGUAAAAAAGCGUUGGUUUCGUGUCCAAUUUUUGACUUUGUUUCGACCUCUCGGUGAGUAUUUUUGUUUUCCACGUGUUCUUUACGUUUUCAAUUACUGCUUCAACCGUUCUUGAUCAAUAAUCAUUGUUUAUAUUCUUUCAUUCAGGGCUAUGUUUUUGUGCAACAUGCCGUGACGAGGUCAUUGUUGUUCCAAUGUAAGCGGAACAAAGGUCAGAACACACCAGCUUUUACGUUACGUUUGUGAAUACAUUUGAGCAAUGAAGUUUAAAAUUGUUAGUAUAAAGUUCAGUAAGCAAUAUGUGCUUAAAUGUAUUCUAAUGUACUCAGGUUUAAUCAUAGUAAUAAACGGUCAAAAUUUACGUAAAUAUGGCGCCAAGCGGCCAUUGCGCUGUCUUCUCCUGUUGCAGUUUUCGAGGAAAUAAUUGUUAUAAAUCGUUGAAUGGCGCAAUGUUUGGGCCAUUUCGUCCAUUUUAUUACUUUUCUCGAUUGGAAAUAAGUUUAGCUUUGUUAUUUGAAGAUGACUGGUUUGCCUGUGAGGUUUUUUACGAAAGGAAAUCUUUCUUUUCGGCCCUCUUAUCAACAGAGUCUAUUAAUAUGGAUCGGAAGAGGUUACAUGUAGAAACGGGGAACACACCAAACAAGCCGCUGAGAAAAAGACGGACUCCAACUGGUUCUUCAAGAAAGUCUCUUUUCGGCAGUUCUCCGUCAGGAAAGCCGGUACCCCAACCAAGAUUAGUCACAAGACUUAAAGGAGUUAAUACUUCGCCAAAAGUUUUAAAAUUUGACUCGAAGAAGCAAAGGAUUGUUUGGCAGAGGAAAGAGGAUGUGGCACUUGUACAGUUUGUUGCCUUACACAAAGACUUGCAGCCAACAAAAAGUGAAUGGCCUUCGCUAAAUCCGAAGUCAAAAUACUGGAAAGAUGCUGCUGAGUACAUCAAACAGACAGCUGGAACAAAGUUUCUCAGAGAGGGAUCAUCAAUCCGCCAACGAGUGGUGGUAUACAUGAAAGGCCAUUAUAAAAGUGUUGAUGAGGCAGAAGACGAAUAUGGAUUAUCUGUGGAUUCCUACCUAGGGGAGCCAAAUGUCCUUAAUGAAGAAGAAACAGAGCUGCAAAGCUCUUCUGAUGUGUUAAAUGCCAUUGAUCACCUUGGACAGUCACAACUGGUUGACAUGAUUUUCAAGGCUUUCAGUAGAGUGAUUGAUAAAAAUAAUUUGCUUUUAACACUGUUAGCACAGAUUUCUUUCCGAGAACACCUCAAAGAUUUGAUUGUUGCUCUACACCCCCACCUGCAUGAACAAGAUCAAAGAAUGCUGCUCAACAAAUGGUUUCUUCAGCAAGCUACAGAGGUGGGAAUUGACAGCAAUCCGGCAGAUUUUGCAACCCUGUCCUUGGAAGCAAUGCUAAUGCUUCAAAGAAAUGACAAGCCCAAUUUGGUUUACAAGUGGUGCAGCUGCCUCUACAAUGAUGAAGGCAAGCCGAGUUUGGAUUUAAACCGAAUGCCCCUUGGGAUGCUGCAGUACAUCAUAGAGUUCUUCAGCUGUACACAUGUUGCCCAGAUAAGAGAACCCCCCGACUAUAAGAUGUGGCAGGACACCUUGGAUGCUGAGUUCGGUGGGGGCAAAUUUAAGCGCCUCUUUCGUGGGCCUAUGUGGAGUGGUUGUGAUAGGAAAGACAUGGGCAACCCAAGAAAGGUAAUUAAAAGUUAUUCAUUGACGUUCAAGUUUACUUAGAAAAUGUGUUUAAUCAGUAGAAAAGUAACACUGUACACAGUUCUGAGUGGACAGUUAUGUUGGGACUACAUAUAAAUAGGCUUCACUGAAAAGGGUGUGUAGCUCUCAACACGAGGUUAGUAAGUCCCAGUUUUAUAUUACAUUACUCAUUGGAAAUGACCCUUGUAUCCUUUCAUAGGAAAUAGAUACAAGUUAAUUUUUAAUACAGCCAUAAUAAUACUUCUUA